UUUGCAUUCUUCGUCGUUGUAUGUGUUUAUAUCUUAUAUAGAAAGUUGAAGCAACAUCAUGUUGUUGGAACUGCAAGUGAAAGUGAAAGCCAUAGUUUUAUUACUGUUCUUCUGCUUCUUCUUUCUGUCACUGUCACCGCCGUGUGGAGCCAUCUGGAUCACGUUACAGGCGAAGGCUACUUCCACGAAAUGCGUUUCAGAAGAAAUCCAAAGCAACAUCAUCGUUUUAGCUAACUACUUUGUCGUUGCUGCAGUCGGUGCCGCUGAUCUUCAUCAUCGCUCACCUCCCCGAAACCCUACUAUUUCCGUCAAGGUGACAUCACCAUAUGGAAACAAUCUUCAUUUCAAGGAGAACGCAACAAUCGGCAAGUUCGCAUUUACAACUACAGAGACUGGGAGCUACCUAGCAUGCUUCUGGGUGGCUGAAAAUCAAGGAAAUGAAGAAGUUCAAGUCAACCUCGAUUGGAAAAUCGGCAUUGCAGCCACGGAAUGGGAAACAGUUGCUAAGAAAGAAAAGAUUGAGGGGGUAGAGCUUGAGCUGAGAAAGCUGGAAGAAGCAGUGGUGACUAUCCAUGAGAAUUUGCUAAAUCUGAAGAACAGAGAAUCAAAUAUGAGGGGCGUAAGUGAAAGAACAAAUGCCAGAGUAGCAUGGCUUAGUAUAAUGUCCUUGGGUAUCUGCAUUGUAGUUUCAGCUUUGCAAUUUUGGCAUUUGAAGCGAUACUUCGUAAAGAAGAAGCUUAUCUAGAACUAGAUGGUGCUAAAUUUAGGUCUUUGGAUAAUUACUUUUUUUUGUACAAAUGAUUUUCUCAGAAUUGA